CGCCGGCAGAGGACCGGCGGGCUGCUGACACGCGCAGGAGGCCGAGGCCCUCAGAGGAGCGUCGCGGUCGCGGGUCGCCCAGCUGGUGCGUCCCUGCCCUCUCGAGGUUCCAGAGUCGGUGCAGCGCGGGUGGCCACGGCCAUGGCGCCCACGGCAAGGAAGAGCUUGGGGAGAGCUGCCAAGGCCCCGGUGGAGGCUCCGGACCUGUCCGUCUAUGACUUCGACUGCCCAGCAAGCAGUUCGGGAGUUGAUGACAGUUGGGAGGAGAGUUCUUUGACAGAAGGACACGAGCAAGACCUGAGGAAUGAACUACAGAAUAUGUUGGCAAAGUUUCAAGGGGACAUCAAGAAGCUUCUUCAGGCAAAGAGGAAAAGCUUCAAAAUGAGCAUCAGUGCUUCGGUCAAAACCAUUAAGCAGAAGAUUGAGCAUGUUCUGAAAAACAGCACCAGCAAAGGUUGCAAUUGA